AUUCAGGAGCCAAGCAAUGAGGCAGGCAGCCUGCUUUCCAGGGGUGAGCAAGCCCUGGACAGUAUCUCCUGGAUGCCAGUGAGUGGCUGACAGCUGAAGCUCCCUGGACACUCAAGGCUCUUGUGGUGACAGGCCUGGCAUAAAGGCGUGCAGGGAGGCCUAGCUCUGUUUCCUGGACUCAGUGACUUCAGACACAGAAGUCUGUCCAUGGCUCCUUAUCACAUCCGCAAAUACCAGGAGAGCGACCGCAAGUGGGUCGUGGGCUUGCUCUCCCGGGGGAUGGCCGAACACGCCCCAGCCACCUUCCGGCGAUUACUGAAGCUGCCUCGAACCCUCAUACUGUUACUUGGGGGGGCGCUUGCCCUACUCCUGGUCUCUGGCUCCUGGAUUCUGGCCCUCGUGUUCAGCCUCAGCCUCCUUCCUGCCCUGUGGUUCCUUGCCAAAAAACCCUGGACGCGGUAUGUAGACAUAGCAUUGUGCACAGACAUGUCUGACAUCACCAAAUCCUACCUGAGUGAGCAUGGCUCCUGCUUCUGGGUGGCUGAGUCUGAAGAGAAGGUGGUGGGCACAGUAGGAGCUCUGCCCGUUGAUGAUCCCACCUUGAGGGAGAAGCGGUUGCAGCUGUUUCAUCUCUCUGUGGACAAUGAGCACCGUGGUCAGGGGAUAGCAAAAGCCCUGGUCAGGACUGUCCUCCAGUUUGCCCGGGACCAGGGCUACAGUGAAGUUGUCCUGGACACCAGCAACAUCCAGCUCUCUGCCAUGGGCCUCUACCAGAGCUUGGGCUUCAAGAAGACGGGCCAGUCCUUCUUCCACGUGUGGGCCAGGCUGGUGGAUCUUCAUACAGUUCAUUUCAUCUAUCGCCUCCCUUCUGCUCAGGCAGGGGGUCUAUGAUUUCUUUCCUUCUGUAUUGGUCAGAAUAGAAUCCAUUCGGCUGUAGCAGCAAGCAAUCCCCAACCUCUCACUGCAAUGACCUUUCAGCGCAAUAAAAGCUUAUUGUCCAUUAA